AUGGCAAUUCCAUCUAAAGCUUCAAUAGCUGCUGCAAGUGGUAUUGGUUCAUUUGCUUUAUUACUUCUAAUUAUUAGUGUAGCUACACCUGUGUGGCUUGAUGGUGGAUCAGGAAAUACAAUUGGCCUUUUCCGUAAAUGUUACGGAGAUAGUGCCAUUACAGGUAUAACUCCAGAGAAUGGCGCAGGUUGCUAUAAUGAUAAUCGAGCUCCUCAAGCCGGUCUAUCUAUUUUUGGUCUUUUAUUACUUGUCUUUUCUAUAAUUGCGGCCAUAGCUGGCAUAUUUUUGCAGCCACCAAUAGGUUCUUAUGCAUUGUAUGCAGCAUUAGGCCUCUUAUACUUUUCAUCUAUCUUCAUUAUGUCAGCGUAUGCAACAUGGGGCGUUUAUUCACGUGAUGAAGAAUCAUAUUUGUUUCCUUAUACAGCAAGAAAUAUAACUCAUACAACCGUGGGAUAUUCAUAUAAUUUAUGUGUUGCUGCCCAUUACUUUCUCUGGACAGCUCUUACUCUACUUGCAUAUGGUGUUGGUUUCAAAUUUGGACAAGAACGAAAUGCAACUCAAUGA